AUGGCAGGAAUUCUGAACUUCCCUGUAAAUGUUGUAUUCCUUCAUCUAGUUUUUAUAUUUUCCGCAGCCGUCGGUCCGGAGGCUUCAGAAUCCAUAGGAUUUACCCUCAGGGUCAUCCCAGCUGACUCCCCGGAGUCCCCAAUUUAUCAUGGCAAUCUCACACAACCUGAAAGAAUGGAAAAACUGGCAAAAAUCUCCCUGGUUAGACAUCAAAUAUUACAUAAUCCGCGUUCGACUGCAUCACAGAAUGAUGGUUUCGACGAUGAAAAGUAUGUAACGCCUCUAAUUACUCAGGCUUACUACUAUGUAGCGGAGAUUAACAUCGGAAUGCCAUCUCAAAAAGUGUUUUUAGUGGUUGACACCAUUGCCGGACUGAUUUGGACUCAGUGUGAGCCUUGCACUUUUGGUUUUUGGGGAUGUCAUCCACAGGAGGCUCCCCUUUUCGAUCCGAAAAAAUCCGCCAGUUAUGCCAGGCUUUCCUGCACGGACCGCCUUUGUCCUAUUAAUAAAGGAAAUAUGGAUAACAAGUUCUUCAAAUGUAAAAACAACAAUUGCUCCUACGAAAUUUACUAUGGAUAUCGCGGUGUUAUAAAGGGGAUCACAGAGGGAAUUGCAUCCACAGACUCAUUCACUUUCACGAAUGACACAAAAGAUACUGUAGAUCUUGGUCUUGUCUUCGGCUGCUCUACUUAUACCCACAAUCUCCCAAUUUUUAUUAACAAAUAUAAUAAGAUUACCGGGAUCCUGGGAUUAAACUUUUCGCCACUGUCACUCUACAAGCAAUUGUUUUACAAAAUCGGUGGCAAAUUCUCUUAUUGUAUUGCUUCUCUCGAAGACCCCCUUGGAGCCUUUCAAACUCAUAACUUGAGGUUCGGGGAUCAAGUUAAAAUACCUUCGAAACCUAUCCCAACGACGCAGUACAUUGUACUGGCUGACUCUGAUGUUUGUUUCCUGGAUGUUGUUGAUAUAAGUGUUGGACCUAUUCGCUUAAUGUUGCCAGAGGGUAUGUUCGACGCCGCGAAGGGUAGAGGAAUGAUCCUGGACCCAGCAUCUCCGCUAACUGUUCUCAGGCUUGAUGUUUACCUGUUGCUGAUCGCUGGACUGAAGGCAUACUAUGAUGCUCAGGGAAUGAUUCAAGUGCCUCUCAAAAAUAACCCUACACAUUUUCAGCUUUGUUACUUUAUCAGACCGACCAUUCAUCCAACCUUGACCUUCCAUUUCCGGGGAGCAGACUUCGUAGUGAGAUCUUCAUAUGUGACUGUUCUUUACUUAGAUGUGGGUGCUUUCUGUGUAGCAUUGCUUCCAGGACUGGGAGGUCACUCUAAUCUGGGCGCAUUUCAUAUGCAAAACAUACGCAUCAUUCAUAAUGGGUACAACAGAUCAAUCCAGUUUUAUAACACUGAUUGUGGUGCUGAUCGUUUUUAG